CCUUGGCUGAACCCAUUCAUUUUAACAAAAACAGUGUCAGAAAGGAGAAGUUUAAUUACUGCACAGAAUAUGUGAAAUAUAACAACGUGCCACUUACGUAGUAACAAUUUAUUAAGUGUAGAUAGUUUAUCUAGGAGUGGGAAUCAGUUAUGACAGAGUUAUUUACUGGAUCUAUCUUACAAUAAAAAUGUUUAAUUCAUCUCUAAUCAGUUGAGCCUAUUUUCCCUUCCUUUUUAUAUCCUUUAUUGGUUUGUGAGUGACGGUCGGCACACAGAGCCCUUCUGUAUCGGAGUGGCGAGCUAAUGGAUAUUUUACAAUAUUGGAGUUUGACUACAUUGAUCACUUAGGACUGUAAAAGUUAGCUUCAGAUUUUUUAUUGUUUAUUUUCACCAGAUUGGACUAUUAACCUGCCAUUUUGCUGCUCUUAGUUCGAACUGAAUCCCAUUUUUGAUGUUCAUGAUGUGGGCUAUUAAUCGGUUUUCUUUCUAACAGACAUGAAGCUUAAGAAAGGACGAUUUAUACCUGAUGAAGUGUUUAAGAAAACAAGUAUCUGCUGAUUUAGGAAAAACCUGUUGCUGGAUACAAAAAAAAAAACAUGUAAAUGUUAUGUCAAUCAUGGAGGAGAGAUGCAAAGAAUGAAGUGAGAGGUUGUGAUCACAAAUGAUGACCAAUAACAACACCCUGGGGAUCAGCCCCCUGGGGAAGAAGAGUCCCCGGCGCCGGAGUUACGGACUGGUCCGAGAGGACGGAGAUCAGUCCAUGUGGAAGGAGUUCUCACUGUCCCAUAUCAAGGACACGUUUAAAAGCUUACAGAUGGAAGAAUUGUAUCAGUCUUAUUGUGUCCACAUGAAGAAUUCCCUGACGAUUGCCCUUGUUGUCAUGGCAACACUUAUCUGUCUUACCGUUUUAUUUUAUCAUCUUUUUGAUACUCAGGAAAUGGAAAGUACGGAGUUUAUUUCACAUGUAGUAAUCGUGGCCUCAGGAAUCGCUGGAAACUGUUUAUUCUUUGGUUUUGUGGUGCGGAAUAAAUUCUACUGUCGUUACCCGACAUGUUUAUCUAUAUCCUACUGGAUAUUUCUCAUUGUGCUGCUCAAUUUAUAUUUCAAUGUGCCAUCUCAUAACCGCCGCCCCACGGAUGAUGUGGUAGUGGUGUUCUAUACCAUUCUUGUUUGCUAUACCAUGCUACCGCUCUCUAAGUGCUGGUCUCUUGUGCUGGGUGUGCUGACGGUUGUGCUGCAGUUGAUGUCUGCGGGAUUUCUAGCGGAGGAUAAGAGACUUCUUGUAGGACAGUUGAUAAGUAACUUUGUGAUUCUGGUGUGUGCCAAUAUAAACGGAAUGUACCACAAGUACCUGACCGACCUGACACAUCGACGGACAUUCCUAGAGGCACGCAACUACAUACAGUCCAUGUUUAAACUCGAGAGAGAGAAAAAACAACAGGAGGAGCUGCUAAAUAGCUGUAUUCCUAAUGAUUUGGUCGAGGAAAUAAAAGAUCUGAGUAAGAAGAUGAAGAGUAGCCAAACAUCACCAUUCCACGAUCUGUAUAUACAGCAACACACAGAUGUUAGUAUACUGUAUGCGGACAUUGUGAACUUUACCCCACUGGCUGCCGAGUGCACCGCCGAAGAACUGGUCAAAAUGCUGAAUGAACUCUUCGGCCGAUUUGACCAACUGGCGAAGAAGAAUCACUGUAUGAGGAUAAAGAUUCUGGGGGAUUGUUACUACUGUGUGUCAGGUCUGCCCACGCCCGACCCCAACCACGCCGCAAACUGUGUCAACAUGGGGCUACGCAUGAUUGACGCUAUCAGGGAGGUAAGGGAGGCGACUGGUGUGGACGUUGACAUGAGGAUCGGGGUACACAGUGGAAUGGUCCUGAGUGGAGUUCUGGGUCUGUGUAAGGGUAAGUUCGGGUAAGUAAAUUAUGAUGUUGUCAUGGAAAUAGGAUAUUUAAAAGGGAGAGAAAUUUUUAAUGUCCACAUCACUAAGGAGACCCUGGAGUACCUGAACAAUCAGUUUGAGGUGGAGCCGGGGGCGGGGCAGAUGAGGGACGCAUACCUGGCUGAACACAACAUCGACACCUUCCUCAUCAAACCGAAAGUCAGAAAGUUUGAUGAGAAUCGGACGAUCCGUUCCCGAUAUGAGAGUAGUCUACGAGCUUCACUCCGAGUCACCAAAUAUCUGGAAAACUGGAACGUGGACAAACCAUUCGCAAGCCUUCAAGUCAGUCCCAUGGCAACCAAGUUACUGAGUGUCACCAGUUUGGCCUUCCUUGAUUCUAAUCUUGUCCUCAACAGUAUAGAUAAUGAGCAUGGUGUAGUUGGCCCUGCCCAACAACUGAAUAUAGAAGUCAAUGCUGAGUUGGCUAAAAAAUCCAAAGAUUUGGUGAAGAAAUACUCCUUCAGAUCUAUGAAAAACCCCAAGGAGGAUUUUAACCCUCUUCUGAUGAGCUUCAGCCAACAACAGGAAACAGAGUACCAGCAGAGACCGGAUUUAUCCUUCAAACUGGGACUGCUGUGUGCUCUAUUUAUGUUCAUAGGGGUGGUGAUAGUGCAAGUCAUCAUGUCUAAUAGAGAUGCCUUGUUUUUUAUCAGUAUUGUGUUGGGAGCCACUGUAUUUGGCAUUGUAAUCAGCUUUAGUUUUUUCACAGAAUGUUUGACACCAAGGAAAGGGAGUCCCCUGACCAAUCGUUUGCUUGUAUUGGCCUGUCAUGUGACCAACAGUCUGGCCGCCAGAAUUUGUGUGGCUUCUCUGUGUGUGUUCUGUGUCUUUAUAACCUCCAUUGUGCCCGUGAUAAGUACUCAAUCCCCUCCAGAUGACAAAAGUGCCGUCAACAAUACAAAAAUUCUGUACUGGGCACACAGCAGUCUGUUUGGGAUGGUCACUACAAGUCUCUUUCUACAAAUUAGUCUCACCUUCAAGGUCGUUUUGACCAUCAUUGUUGUCAUUGGUUACAACCUGGCUUUUCACCUCACAAGAACAUUCCAUGUUGACAUGUUUAUCAGAAGCAGUAUUGAACCCCUAGAUAUUGCAACAGGAAUGUCCAUCUACCUGGCAGUGUUUCUGUUCACCUUGAUCUUUCAUGACAGACAGGUGGAGUACGCAAAUCGACUGGAUUUCCUCUGGAGACGUGAAUUUCAGUCGGAGACAGAGAAGGUCCGGAACACCGCGGAGCAGAACAAGAGGCUGUUAGAGAACAUCUUACCCACUCACGUGGCCGAGUAUUUCCUCCGGGGGAACCGCAGCAAAAAUGAGCUGUACAGUGAGUCACAUGACAACGUCUGCGUGAUGUUUGCCUCCAUUCCUAACUUCAAAGACUUCUAUCAUCAAAACGCCUCCAAUAAAAAUGGAAUAGAAUGCAUCCGAGUACUUAAUGAAAUCAUUGUAGAUUUUGAUCAGCUACUGUCAAGACCAGAGUUUUCAAACGUAGAAAAGAUCAAGACUAUAGGGAGUACGUACAUGGCCGCGGCGGGUCUGCGCCCGGGUCAGGAGAAUGAGGGACAGGAGGGGGAGGGGCGUAAAAACGUCGUCAUGAUGACCGAGUUCGCCAUGACUAUGAUGGUCCAACUCGAGGAGAUCAAUCUCAACUCGUUCAAUCAGUUCAAACUCAGAGUCGGUAUUAACCAUGGCCCUGUGAUAGCCGGAGUGAUCGGGGCCAGGAAGCCUCAGUUUGAUAUAUGGGGGGACACGGUCAAUGUGGCGAGUCGUAUGGACAGCACCGGAGAGGCCAGCAAAAUUCAGGUUCCAGAAAAGACUGCACAGAUACUUAUCGAAGCAGGUUUUCAAAAUGAAUAUAAAGGACUUACCAAGGUCAAAGGGAAAGAACCAAUGAAGACCUACCUAAUCUUACCACCUGCUAUUGAAGCCAACUUUGACAGUCACGAUUGAAGUUAUUCUCCUAUGCCCACCCCCGCUUUGUUAGGAUCAGGCUCAUCAGAAUACUGUCCCGAGGGUAACGUGUUACAAGCGAAAAACUGACCAUAGGGGAUUCCAAAUUGAUCCAUGUUCAUCAACUCAAAGAUCUCAAAGACAGAAAAUAAGCCUACCCUUGAUUAACAAUUGCCAAAAAACAUUCCAGAAAGAUGAUAAGAGGAAACACACUUCUGAUUUUUUCAAAAACUGAAAUUCGGGUAGUUUUGGCUGCAAAAAUGUUUGUAUAUUGAAGUGGAGAGAAUGAAAUACAUAAAGUUCUGCCCUUCAGAAUUGUGCUCCUCUAAUGAUAUGUGCCAAGCAGGAAUCAAAGUCCUUACAGGUGAUAAAAUGAGGAAUUUAAGUUAAAAUGUGAUUUGAGAGUCUUCUUUAAAACUAAUAUAUGAAAUACACAGGACAGAAUGUGUAAAGUUUAUGUAUGUAACUACAGCAACUGUUAUAAUUAUAGAUCUCCAUGAAAAAACCUAGCCAUUUUAGUUUUAUCAAUGUGUAUAUGUAUAUAUUAAAACAUGAACCUAGCUAUUUUGACCUGAGUGCAUGACAAUUCGGUAUUGGUUGCACAGUGUACUUUGUAUUAGUUGAUACAAUCAAAAACUGUGAUAUUUGUUCUAUAUUUAUAGAAAAAAUGUAUUAUCAAAACUGUCUAGUGAUUUUAUAAUCCUUAGUUUAUAAAACAGUGAUGAUUAAGUUAUGCCAUCCAUAUUUUUAAAUAUGUGUAUCUAUAAUUAUAUUUUCAUUGCCAUCAAUUCAAGAUUAUAAAUGAAUGUCUAAUACUGUAAAUGCAUUAAUGUAAAGGCUGGGAGAAAAAAAUACAUCUUGAUAUUGAGUAUUCUGUAUCAGAUGUCCAAUAUAUUCUUGAAUUUGCAUGCAUAAUUUUGCAAAAGAGCAAUUUUUCUAUGCAAUUGAUUAAGAAUCUCUUCUAUUAGUUUAAAAUUCAUCCAGGGUGAAAAAAAUGAAGCACAACAAUGAUACAUGCAAUUGCAAAUAAUUAGUAGAUUUAUAAAUAUUUGGAUUUUCAUAGCAUUUUAUAUGUUUUUUUUAAUUUAAAGUAUGUUUUAUUCCUUUUUCAGUUACUUAAUGAAAAUUUGAAUCUCAUAUUUUAAUAGACCUCAGUAGUUUUACUUCCACUAAAUGUAGACUUCCCAUUGUACGUCACAUCUACAAUCAUGAAAAAUAUGACUUACAGGAGAUUGUGAUGUGAAACAUCAAUAGAUGUGACUUUUGUUUUUAGGGUUAAUCCUUAAUAGUAAAACCUCAUAUACCACACCAUUUACAAUGUUUUUUUUUCCUUCAGAAGUUUGUAUUUUUAUAUUUUAUGUAUAGUCAGUGAUGGUGUGAUAUUUUGUUGCUGUAUUAAUUUUAGAGAAUUUGAAUCAUUAAAUUGUAAAGAAAGAU